CCAGCGCUGCUUUGGCCGCCUGACAGUUGCUUGGCGUCAGCAGUUCCCGGAGGCUACUGAGAUCCCCCGCUGGGGAGAGCUGUCUAGGGCAGGUGUAGCCAUCUAUGAUCUUGACUUUGAUGCUAUCCUUGCUGCAAUGUCUGCUGUGACUAUUAGUGAUGAGGGUGACUGUUACCGGUGUUUCCCGCCUGACCCGGGCAUUGAGACUGCUGCUCUAGGUACUGGUGAGGCUGCUGCUCUAGGUGCCAAUGAGGCUGCUGCUCUAGGUGCCAGUGCGUCUGCGUCCUCAGGUGCUGGUGAGUCUGCGCUCUCAGGUACCGCGUCGGCUUCGGCCUCCCUCACCUUCACCCUUGACCCAGGGGCUUCUCGCUCCUUCUUUCAAGACCGCACCACACUCACGCCGCUUGGUCGGCCGGUUGCAGUCUCCCUGGCAAACCCCUCUGGGGGCCCUGUCCUCUCUCACUUCUCUACCGUCCUCCCAUGUCCGGCUGCCCCCUCUGGCACCUUGUCUGGUCUUUACCUCCCCUGGUUCUCUACGAACUUGGUGAGUGGUGCUGACCUACAGGAUGCGGGGGUUCACCAGUUUACUCCUGCGAGUCAGCGGGUGACCCACUGCUCGGACGCUCGCACAGGCAGGCACCUGGCCACGUUUACGCGCCGGCUAGGGUUGAGCCUCUACACCCUGACCACUGAGUUUCCUCCUGUCUCUGCGUGUGGCCAGGUAGCUGCGUCGGGUCAGGUGUUUGCUGCAGCGUCCAGGUCUGGUCCUGAGUCUGCCCCCUGCUCGUGUCGCCUCCUGUCUCACGAGACACUCCUGUGGCACCACCGUCUAAGUCACCCCUCCCUGCCUCGUCUCCGAGGCAUGGCUUCCCGUGUCCUUCUCUCUGGUCUUCCCCGGUCCCUCCCUCCCCUUCCUCUGGGGCCUGGUCCUUCCUGCGUCCCCUGUGUCGAGGGGCGGCUCCGGCUGCCCCGCACUCCUCUCAGUUUCCCCCGACAGAGGCCCCGCUGCAGACGCUUCACAUGGACGUGUGGGGCCCGGCCCGCGUCCCGUGGACAGGGUCACGAGCGCUACUUCCUGCUGGUGGUUGAUGACUACUCGCGUUACACCACAGUCUUCCCCUUGCGCAGCAAGGGUGAUGUCACUAAGGGUAUUGAUCGACUGGAUCCGCGCAGCUCGUCUCCAGCUCAAGAGGAGCUGCGGCUCGGACUUCCUGUUCUGCGUCUGCACUCAGACCGGGGCGGAGAGUUCUCCUCUGGUCUUCUGCGAGCCUACUGCCGAUCUCGGGCGUCUGUCCGCGACUUGUCUGCGGACAAGCUGUCCCCUAGUGCUGCUCCUUGUGUCUUCCUUGGCUUCCCCCCUGACGCGCCAGGGUGGCAGUCCUACCACCCCUCCUCUCGUCGUGUUCUGUCCUCCCAGGAUGUCACGUUUGACGAGUCGACGCAGUCGAGCCGGGUCGAGGUUGCUGGUGACUCUGGUACUACUGCCGGUGCUGAGCCUGGGGGUGCUGACUCUGGGGUGCUGAGCCUUGGGGGUACUGAGUCUGGGGGUGCUGCGACUGGGGGUGCUGAGCCUGGGGGUGCUGAGACUGGGGGUGCUGAGCCUGGGGGUCCUUCGCCUGGGGGUGCUGAGCGUGGGGGUGCUACGCUGGAGCUGCUGAGCCUGGGGAGCUGCGCGAGUGGUUUGCCCGGCGCUGGAGGCGUACUGCUGGAGCUGGUGCGUCUUCGGCUGCUGAGGGUGCUGGUGCUGCCGGUCGUGGAGGUGCUCGUCCUGGGAGUGCUGGAGCUGUUUGGCCUGCGAGUGCUACUGGAGCCGGAGCUGCUGAGGGUGUUGGCGCGGAGGCUACUACUGUCAGUCCUGGCGGCGGUCCCUGCUGCUGGUGUUGCGCUACUUGUGUAG